CAGUCUCUGAAUGAAACUGGCUUUUUUGCAGCGGACAUUGUGGCUCCGAGUAUUUGUGUUAUCGAGGAACGACCUUUCUCUGGCUCGAGCCCGAAUGUCGCCAGUUUCCUUGACGCUGUUGAAAGAGCACUCGAUGUGAAAACAGCGCCAUUUCUGUCGGCGUCCAUGAUACGCUAUGCUACCGCAGCGGAUUCCAGAGCUCGAGCUCGGAACGGCAGCGGGAGAGAAAUAGCCGCUCCCCUUUCGCUCCUUCUCUCUACUUCAGCUCACGGCAGAUUGUGCCGGUGAAGUAAAGACAGUCCCAAAAUGGACCCCUCUGACUGAGACGUAAACACAUCUUGUGUUUAGUUCUGCAGCUGAGAUCUGUCAGCAGCAUAAGCCAUGCCUCACGAGUAAAACCACCUUUCUUGCUCAAAGCAAUAAAAGAAGAAAAAGCAUCCUACAUGCCUCCCCAUGUAGAGCCCCUUCAGUUCGUCCUGCUGGAGUGACAGCCCCCCUCUUCCAGAUAGGUUCUGCCUCAAUCUCUCGCCAUUACCCUUCUCCACCACCGCCCUACAGCAGCUACCCGUGACGAUGCCGCUCCGCCUGAGAAUGGCCAACACCUGAGGUCCCAUGCGUCCAGUGAGCACCGAUUCAGACGGUCCUGCUCCUCCUGAGAACCUCUCUUGCCCCUACCCCCUCGUGGGCCCCUUGCCUGCCUCAGAGAUGUCCCUCCUCCAAUCUUUGGGUCCAGUACAAAGCUGGCUUGGCCAGGAGCUUGAGAAGUGCGGGAUUGAUGCCAUGAUUUACACCCGCUACGUUCUCAGCCUCCUCCUGCAUGACAGUUAUGACUAUGACCUGCAGGACCAGGAAAAUGACAUCUUCCUGGGAUGGGAGAAGGGAACUGGGAAGAAAUGGGGCAAGAGCAAGAAGAAAGGAGGGACCGACCUGAGUCUUGAGGAAAUGAAGAAGCAAGCCGCAGUGCAAUGCCUCCGCUCUGCAUCUGAUGAAAACUCUGGAAUUGAGAGCCUGGUUGAAGAGCUUUGCUGUAAGCUGAAGGACAUCCAAAACAAACAGAAAGAGGAAAAACGUGUUCAGAAGAAAUCUGAUGGCUCUCAAUCUCCAGAGCGAGCCGAGUCUCCCUCGUCAAAGGACCAGGUGGAAAUGUAUUAUGAAGCCUUUCCUCCUUUGUCAGAGAAACCCGUUUGUCUCCAAGAGAUUAUGACGGUGUGGAACAAGGCUAAGGCCUGCGCAUACUCAAGUUCAUCUUCCUCUGCAGCCCCACAAACCAGCACAGACACCUCUUCCCCCAAAGAUUGCAACAGUGAAGGUGAAGCUACAAAAGAGCGAAACAUAGAGGCAUGCAGUACCAUCACCGCCGCAACUAAUGAGAGAGGGCAGCAGCGACGAAGCAAGAAGGAAAAGGAGAACCGAUACCACGGUGGUGCAGCGGCAGAGGAGAAAUCUACUGUCCACUCCAAGAGACAAAUUAGACACAGGUCUGAGGGCAAGUAUAGACCCAGAUCCUGGUCUUCUGGCUCCAGUGAGGCAGGCUCAAGCUCAAGCGGGAACCAGUGCGACUCAAAGUCGUCCAGAAGCAAGACCGUUCGAAUAAGGCACAAAUCCAGGGAGGCUGUAAAAAAUAAGAGAACGCGCAACAGUGGGCAGGUGAAGCUGCAGAUGAAGGUUAUCGACAAAGAGGAGCGAAGAAAUGCAGGAGGAGGCAGUAGCAGCACGAUCGGUGUCGCCGCCAAACAACCACAGCUUUACAAAAAGGGGAAGAGACCGCUGAAGGAGAUUCGUAAAGAUCCAGGCUGGAUGGAAGCAAAAGAGUCCGGAGUCGAGGCCAGACACAAGAAGGAGUACAUGGAGGAGCCACUUUGGUACACUGAGCCUAUUACAGAGUAUUUUAUACCCGUCAGCCGACAAAGCAAGCUGGAAACAAAAUACCGAAGCAAGGUCAACUCUCCAGACGGCUUCGACUUGUCAGCAGACGUGGAGAGGCUGCCGGAGAAAAUCCAGGGAAUCUGCAUUGCCAAUGAGAGCUACCAGAGAGCGUAUUUAGCAGCAGGCUCGUUUGUGGACGGUCACUUUGUGGAAGCAGAAGAUGAAACCGGCGAACUCACCGGAACUUCAAGCUGCCCUCAGCCAGAGGAUAGUAGAGAUUUAGAUGACAAGCAUCUGUCUGAAUUCCCUCACUUCUAUGAAGUCGAUAUUUACCAAUCCAUAUUGGAUACUAGUGCCUCAGACUCAAUACAAGAGAGUCGGAUCUUAAGCAUGAUUCGGCAAAAAAGCAAAGAGCAAGGAGACGUUGAGGCUGAAUGUUGUUUAGUGUUAGAUGGCCUUGAGCAGCAAGGGAAAAGUGCAAUACGGGCAGACUCACCGGAAGCUUCGGGAUCUGUUGGAUUUUUAAUGGAAGAUCUGGAAAGCAUGGUUCACGUGUGGGGAUGUUACUCUCCAUCCACAUCAGAAGAUAUAGAUCGAGAAAGCUUCAUCGGAGACUCUCCUGUCCGGCUCUCCCCUCUUCUCGAUAGCGUUUCGUUCACCCUGAGCAAGCUGUCGAGGAAUCCGGAGGAGCCGCCCGUUCCUGAAACGACCGGUGAACCAUCUCAUUUGAACUCAUCUUGCUUCUCUCUCUUUGAGUUGCAGUAUGACAGCCCCACUUUUCCCUUCCCCCACGACUCACUCACUGUUGGUCACGAAAACAACACAGAUUCUAGCAGCUGUCUCGACCCACAUUCUAAUAAACAGUCUCGUUUGCUAAUAUGGACCAAAAAUAGUGCCUUUGACGAAACUGAACACUGUUCUAACUUGUCGACGCGAACUUGCAGUCCCUGGUCACAUUCAGAAGAGACUCGGUCAGACAAUGAGCAAGGAAACGCCCCGGUGGAGGAUGCUGCUCAAAUUGGCAACAAAGAGACCGAUAGUGCAAUCCCUCCUCUUUCUGGUACAUAUCUAGAGGAUGAAAUCUUGGAUUUUUUGCAAGAGGACUCUAGUAAAAAGUGUGAGGAAGUCAGCGUUAGCACAACAACCAAUCAGACAUUCACCAAAAAGUCUAAAUUAGAGUCCAUUUGUGGAAUAGCAUUAGAAAAAGAUGAGAGUAAACAGUAUAGCACUGGCAUGUUUUCAGACAACACGAACCAACAGAGUGAUGACUACAGCUCAGGGAUAAUAAAAGACAUUUGGACUGCAGUUGGAGAUGGCAAAACCGCAGUGUCGAGGCAUGGAGCAGAAAAACUAAGCAAGGGGCUCUUCUCGGAUGAGCCAGAUGCUUACUGCUGCAGCUGUCUAGAGGUCCAAGCGAAAGGCGUUCCUGUUCAGGGACCUCAGAAAAAAGCAGUGCAGCGGUCCGAGUAUCAUCUCUGGGAAGGCAAGAAGGGAGAACAGGACUUAGCCAAAAACCAACUCUCCAAGGUAAACAAUGCUGGGGAUUACAUGACUCCGUCCAAGCCCUGGGACUUGAACUCUGACAAGGAGGGUACAUCAUUCAUCCUCGGAGGAGUAUAUGGAGAGUUGAAAACACUAAGUGGCGAUAAGAAUUGGGCUGUCAUGCCACCAGAUGACACCCAAGACAGCCUGUUGCAGUGUGCUGCUGCUUCCAGCUCAGACAUGCUUACCAUCACGGGCACAGAUGUGUUCAUGAACACGGGCAGCUGCUUUGCUCCCGGACACCGGCCCCUGUGGAGGCCUCUCGUGUCCUUUGGGCAGAGUGAUCAGGCCAUUCGAGGAGGUGGAGAUGGAUUGAAUAAGGGAUUUUCUUUGAUCUUCCAUGAAGAUUUGCUGGGAUCUUACGGAGGCUUGCAUAGUGAGGAGCAAGGUUUAGAAUACCCGUUUGCAUCCUUUAACCUGAACAAUCCCUUCUCUCAAGUCCUCCAUGUUGAGUGUUCCUUUGAGCCAGAGGAAAUGGCUUCUUUCAGUCCAGGGUUUAAGCCCAAAUCUAUUCUUUGCUCGGACUCUGAGAAUGAAGCCUUUCACUCACGAAUAUAUGGCAUCAACCGGACACAGUAUAGGGCCAUACGCAUUUCCCCCAGGACUCAUUUCCGACCAAUAUCAGCCUCAGAGUUAUCUCCUGCUGGGGUGAGCGAUUCAGAGGCCGAGACCGACAAAGAGGAGAUGAGUUUUCCCGUCCUGGCUCCAGUGGAUGUCUUCGACGAUCCUCAGGCAGACCUCAAACCCCUGGAGGAGGAUGCCGAAUGUGAGGGCCCUUAUUAUGGGAAGUCAGAACUGGAAUCUGGUAAAUUUUUACCCAGAUUAAAGAAGUCUGGCAUGGAGAAAAGUGCCCAGACCUCGCUGGAUUCACAGGAGGGAUCUACUAGCCUCCUGCCAAUUGCUGAGCAAGAGAUUUGCUUAGACAGCAAAACGGCAGCAGCCGCAUUGAGCGCAGGCGAACAGACGGACGUCUCAGCCGGCAAGAUUAAAAAAACGGAAUCUUCAGGAGAAAACCAAUCCUGUUUGUGUUCACCAGACGGUCCGAUCCCCAAGUAUGGGAUUGCUUACGAUUUUGUUGGCGAUGUUCCAGAGUUUCCUCUGUCAAAUAUAAGUGGACAGGGAGUAACUGGCAACCAGCAAGAUGAAUGCUGGUGGCAAAACACAAUCUGUUCCCCACUUUUCCCUGGAUCUCAGUGUACAGGGAGCAGCAACAUUUGAACUCUCCAGUUUUGAAGGGGACUCCCGACACCGAGCGGAAAACUUCUUCCACUCUUGUGACUGGACCUCGACCAGCAAAGAUUCAGGGUCAUCUCAGAGCUGGAAAAGCUAAUGUAGGCUAAUUGUCUGAGACACCCCUCCAAAACUCCAAUCCAUAACCCCGUUGGUUUUCAUUUACUAACGUAAAAAAAGAGAAAAGUAAAAAAAAAAAAAAAAAAAACUAAAAAAAGUAAAAAAACAAACAAACAAACAAAAAAAAAACUUGUGUAAUCAACAAUCAGUUCAACAAAGAGUGAAAAUAGGAAAACAAAAAAAAUGUCUUUGAGUGACGCCAUAAGCAGACAUACAUUUUCUAAUUUGUUUCAGUUGAUUCUUCUGUACACGGGUCCUCUUUCAAAGUCUCACAGUUAGCUAGUAGGGACAAGAUUUUGUUCUUUCCUUGUCUGUUUUGUUCCCACCAUUUUGAGUUUGAACAAAGAUACUGGUGGUUGGUGGUGUCCGAAUGGUUGUGCAUGUAUGUUCGUCCAGGCAGUCUCACUCCUCGUUUUCUAGCUGAACCUAACUUUGUGUGAAACAACUGCUAUCGCAUCCUCUACUUUCCAUCUCAAGUUCAGAAAGAUGAUUAAAAAGAAAAUAAAAAAAAAGGCUUUUUUUUUUAGUUUUAAUUUAUCCAGUUUGUUUGGAUGACUUUCUGACUGUGAAGUAGAGAAUGUGUGCAGCUUUCUUCUAAAUAUCCGUAAAUAUCCCCGUGUGUGAAAAAGUUUCCAAGUCUGAGUUUUGAAUGGUGAUAGUCUUUCAAACGCUAGCAGUAGACAUAGUGUGGUUUGUGAGGCUAAAAAAAAAUAACAAAAAAAGUCUUUUAAACAAAAAGAUAACAAGAAAUCAACGUGUUUUUUUUUUUGUUUGUUUCUUUUUGGGGGGGGCAACAGAUACAAAUACUCUACUUGAACAUGCAAUGCUGUUUAAAAAAAAAACUGGGGAAAAGCAAACAAAAAGAAAAAAAAGUGCGUUAGGGGUCAAAUCCCAUCAUGAGAAGACCUGGCUACAGCCAUUUCUGCAGACACCUGUUGCAACUGAUUUAAACUUUUAUCUUUUUUUUUGUUGUAAAUUUUACGGUACAGACAAUUGGUGCUACAGAUAUGUUCAAAAACCUUUUUCAAGUUGCAGUUCCAUAAUAUGGCUGAUAAAUGAUGGCACAGGUUUUGUUUGUAGUUCAGUCACUCAGAUUUUUUCUUUCUUUGCUAAAUUUGUGAAGAUAAAAAUUCUUCCUGUUCAGUUUUUGCUUAAUGUGGUUUUUUACUUGAGGCCUCUUACUGACUGAAGCAGAAAUAUUUACAUCUGAAGACUAAAUACAUCCUUUCGGUUCAACGCUCCCCAUUUACAGAAAGGAUGAAAUUACUAGUGUGUCCCGCAACAGAAGUGUUUGGGUGAAUAUUAAACCAAAAAACAACAAAAAAAGCCGAAACUAAGAUACAGAUGCUUUAUUUUCCCAUAUGAGGUGUGUGUGUUUUUUUUUUUUUUUUUGGUUUACAAUAUCUUGUUGAAAUAUUGAUUUUAAUGUCUCACUCUUCGUGUGUGUGGUGGCCUAGAACUUGUGGAGGCACUGAGUGAAGUAGAAGUUUCACCUCAGAAACGUGAACGCAAACGCAUCAGUACAGCUCCGUACAUCUGAAACACCCAACGAAUAAAUUGGCUCUGAAAGUAUCCUGGAGAGGUUGGGUUUGAAAAUUAAAUUUGAUUGAAUAAUAAAUGCAUUUACUUUUUUUUUUUGCUCCCCCAAGUUAUGGAGAUAGGUUCCAUCCUACCAAGAAAAUGAGGCACAUAACUAAAAUCAUCCCUCUGCUAACGGUGAAUUUAAAGAGCGUGCAGUGUAAUGCACUGUCGCAGGUGAAUGGCUUCUGUUUCAAUAAAUGCAAAGAUAGUGAAGGCCCAAGGUUUCUCCACAAUGCCACUUUAAUUUGAAAAGAACCUCCCCUUCACCCCGAAACACAUUCAACUUCAGGGUCUUGUCCCCUUUUCUUUGACAGCCGUCAGACACUCAGGAAUUUUUAAUAUAAGCGUUCUCUUCGCUCAGACCUGUGACAGUGCAUUGAUGCAUUAAUGUAAAACCUUUUUGAUUGUAAAGGAUAAAAUGGUUGAUCCGAGUUCCUUCCAAGCAAACCGCUGAGGUGACUGUCGUGAAUUUAGAGCUAUUAGUUUUAGCGAAAAAAAAAAAAAAAAAAUCAAAGCCAUCGUAGGUUGCAUAAGCAAUGCGAAGGGGGAGUUUAUGAACCCUGAGUUCUAUGCAAGACCUUGGCGCAUGUAAACACGAGUACAAGGACGAAGUCAUGCAGUUAAGUUUGCAUGUGGAUCAUUCUGAUUGAGGGACAUCUGAGAAAACUAUGAAAUGUCUCUUUCUCUGAGAAAUAAAGCAUGCAAACAUCUCACUCCAUCUUUUUAAGUUGGAUUACACAACACAUUUUGAUAAGAAAAAAAGUGAGGUUAAAUCUGUGAAAAUGUUUUACUGCGUGUUUGUUGGCGAAUGUAAGAAGCAAAAAGCACUUGUAAGGAAUGGAUCUCAUCACGUCUCCAUUCAGCUCUAACUUCUUGAUAGGCCGUGUUUAAAACGAUAAUAAAACAUUUAAGACGAGGAAAUGCGUUCAGUGAGGGUGUAUGCCUUUGGUAAGACGUUGAUGGGGUUGCAGAGUUUUGAUUGUACUGUGGUCUGAAGAGCAUAUCCAGCACUGAAAACUCCAGUUUUUCCUCGUCUUUUCAUUCCCACCCAGACGAAGCUCCUCCACCCAUCCCUCUUCCUCUUAUUCAUCUGUUCCCGAUUAGCCGUGUUCUAAUUUAAUGUACACCCCCGAGUAAAUUAUUUUGUUUCAUUGUGGAUUUUUUUUAACAUCUAAUAAAGGAGUAAACCAAAACCUCAA